GUCGCCAUCAGAACGCGCCGUCGCUUCUGGAUGACGUAUGCAGCCGCUGCUCUUUAGCUUGUUUUGUUUUUUCAUUUUGCGGUGAAAAAUCGUAGAAAAUGGACACGAACGAUCUAGACACGCGGCUGCAGGCUCUGGAGAGUCGCGUGUACGGCGACAGGAAGAGUAAAAGUGGUAAACCGGUGAAGUGUGCAGAGUCCAUCUCCAGGAUCCAAACUGCUCUGGGAUCUACUGCCAACAAACGGGAGCGAGUCAAGAUCCUGCAUAAAAAGAUUGAGGACCUGGUGAAGUACCUGGACCCUCAGUUCACGGAUCACAUCUCGCUCCCAGACACCAUGAAGCUGGAGUUUAUCCUCGCAGAGGAGGAGUUUUUGACAUCCCAGGCAGCGUUACUGGAGCAGGUGAACUCUCUCCAGCCCCUGCUGGACAGUACCUACAUCAGAGACGUUCCAGAGCACGCCGCAAAGCUUCAGCGUCUGUCCCAGCUCCACAUUAAACAACAGGACCAAAGUGAUGCUCAGGCCAUGGAGGUCAAGAAACUCUUUGACGAAUACAACAAAAUGAUGUUUCUGCUGUCAAAACAGUUCACUCAGUGGGACGAGACGCUCCGAACGCUGGAGGAAGCCAAAGGAAUCAAACCAGUGGAGUGACGCCCCAAAACACAACGCCCCCAUGUGGCUGAUAGGAGCUCACUACAACUCUGCCAUUCACUGUAUUAUUAAGUUUUGGAUUUGUUUAUAUAUUAUGUCUAGAUUAUUUCAAAUUCAUCUUAUCUGGUUUCUGUCUGCUACAUACAUGCAAACUAGCUACAAGUACCCACUCAUUCAAUCCUUUUGUAUAUUAUUUAAACAUUUAAAUUAAACUCUAUAAAUCAUUCACUUCCUCUGCAGUCUCUUACUUAAAGGGCCAUAUUACACUGUUAGGAUAAUGUUGUUUCCUCAUCAAAACAGACCUGGAGUUGUUUUGUUUCAUUCACAUGUUUAACACACAAACUCUCAAACAGAAAACACUCUGUUCCACUUUGUGAUGUCAUGUGGUAAUACUUGUCCCGCAGGUAUAAUAGAUACAAUAAAGUACUGAACUGCGU